AUGACAAGAUCAUGCGAUCCUCUGCCUCUGGUUCCAGAAACAUGGGACGAACUAGGAUUAGACGAUUAUCUGAAGAACUAUCCAAAUGGAGACAAGAUUCAUUUAGCUGAUUACGUGGGAUCCAAGAACGCGUCUAAUUUCGUCUGCGGAAUCGGCUCAAUAUGUGACGCCGGACAAAUGUGUUAUCCCGUGACUGAUCAGGAUUGGUACAUUCUGUUUGCGCUCCAACAAUGGAAUUCCAUCAGCAACAUGGCAUUCGCGGCGAUCGGUUACGCGAUCAACAUAGUCCAAGCUACUGUAAACAGUUUGAUUUCGACUAUGUUCCCAGCUGUCGACAUCAGUGGGGCAACGCAUGGCAAGCAAUCCUUGGCUAUCUCAGCUACCAUGAUGGAAGUUUCGGGUACCCUGAUGAUGGACGUCAUGAUGCUCAUGGGGGCUGAGACUGGCCCGGUCGGUUGGGUUUUGAACGUGUUGAACUUCGCAAUGGCCGGUGGGAUGGCUAUCUGGGCAUUCAAGCGGAAGGUGCCGAAGGGGCCAAUCGUGGAAGGAUUUGGGGUAUGGACCGACGUCGUCUUUCAAUUGGCUGCUCUGGAGGAAAAUGCCCAGAACGUCAUCUCUGAUGCAGUGAAAAAAGUCAUCAAUUCACCCAUCAGCUCGGAUGACGGUAUCUACGGUGUCCUCAAGGGCGGCGCUUUCUUGAACCCAACAAAGAUGUUGGUCAUCCCCGAGGUCGCGGAUCACUUGCGCAAGGUCACAAUGGCAAUGUCUAUGAACUUGGUGCUUCGCUCAAUGAAUUCGUAUAUCACGAUUGGUGCCGAUGUCUGUACUGACAAAGGAGAAAACGGCGCUUGGCCGCAAAAAGACAGGCUAUCCUACUGUCCGGAGCAUGGAGGGCCAAUGUACAACAUCAUCCGUGCGGUCGGAGAUAAAUCAGUCAAUGCUAUCCCGAAUGCCAACGUCGUCAACGAGAUUUUCGAAUUCAGCACCAAAAUGAUUAUCGAAGUGUCUGUGAAUUGCCAGCAAAAACAUAACGAAUUCGGACAUAAUCCCUACACCAAAGGUAACUUCCCAAAAUCAGAAACCGAUGAAUGUGUUUUCAACGUACCCGUCUGUGAUUGUCGAUCCGGAGACAUACGCUCUAGUAUCAAGGAUCAUAAACAACAUGUUACUGAGGCCUGCAGAAAGCAUGGGGGACUACCAAUCUGAAGGAAGACCUGAUCAGGGAGAGCAGUAUGCUUAAAGCUAAAGAUCUAACCACUGGCUUGCAAACAUAAUUCUGCCUCCCAAUUGUCAUGCAAAAUAGAGGUUGUACAUAACAUGAUGG